AUGCGUAGCAACCAAGUCAUCAAAGUUCACAGGCCUAAGCUGUUUCCUGUUGUCUGCAAGCGUUUCUCCUUUCUAUACAGCUCGUGGGAAGAAUUAGAGUUUGACCCUACUUGCUCCCCCCUGGUGCUCUAUGAAUUCAUGAAAACCACAGUUUCUAGACCUGGAAGGCCCCCUAAGAGGACUCAAAGUGUCACCUCCCCAGAGAAUUCUCAUAUCAUGCCACAUUCUGUCCCAGGCCUAAUGUCUCCUGGAAUCAUCCCGCCAACAGGCCUGACAGCAGCAGCUGCAGCGGCAGCAGCUGCCACCAAUGCCGCCAUAGCAGAAGCAAUGAAAGUGAAAAAAAUUAAAUUGGAAGCAAUGUCCAACUAUCAUGCAAAUAAUAACCAGCAUGGAGCAGACUCUGAAAAUGGAGAUCUGAAUUCAAGUGUCGGCAGCAGUGAUGGUUCUUGGGAUAAAGAAAAACUUCAGUCUCCCCCCACCCAAGGAUCACAGGCCUCUGUUAACCACCCCAACUUGCCUGGACAACAUAGUGUUCCAGUUAGCCAUCCUCUCAACCCUCUUCAACAGAACCACCUUCUGCCAAAUGGAUUGGAACUUCCUUUUAUGAUGAUGCCCCAUCCGUUAAUUCCUGUGAGCCUACCUCCAGCAUCUGUCACGAUGGCAAUGAGCCAGAUGAAUCACCUUAGUACCAUCGCCAACAUGGCGGCAGCAGCACAAGUGCAGAGUCCUCCAUCCAGAGUUGAGACAUCUGUUAUUAAGGAACGUGUUCCAGACAGCCCUUCUCCUGCUCCUUCUCUUGAAGAGGGCCGACGACCUGGCAGCCAUCCAUCCUCUCAUCGAAGCAGCAGUGUGUCCAGCUCUCCUGCGCGGACCGAGAGCUCUUCAGACAGAAUCCCAGCUGUCCAUCAGAACGGGCUAUCUAUGAACCAAAUGCUGAUGGGUUUGUCACCUAAUGUCCUGCCUGGUCCAAAGGAGGGUGAUCUGGCUGGUCAUGACGUGGGACAUGAGACAAAAAGAAUACACAUUGAGAAAGAUGAGACCCCGCUCUCCACACCAACCGCAAGAGACAGCCUUGACAAACUUUCUCUAACUGGGCAUGGGCAACCACUACCUCCGGGUUUUCCAUCUCCUUUUCUAUUCCCUGAUGGAUUGUCCUCCAUAGAGACCCUUCUGACUAACAUCCAGGGUUUACUAAAGGUUGCUAUAGACAAUGCCAGAGCUCAAGAGAAACAGGUCCAACUGGAAAAGACAGAACUGAAGAUGGAGCUCUUCAGGGAACGAGAACUGAGGGAAACUCUUGAAAAACAGUUGGCUGUGGAGCAGAAGAACAGAGCAAUAAUUCAGAAAAGGCUAAAGAAGGAAAAGAAGGCAAAAAGGAAAUUGCAGGAAGCACUUGAAUUUGAGACUAAACGACGGGAGCAAGCAGAACAGACACUGAAACAGGCAGCUUCAACAGAUAGUCUCAGGGUCCUAAAUGACUCUCUGACCCCAGAGAUAGAAGCUGACCGCAGCGGGGGCAGAACAGAUGCUGAAAGGACAAUACAAGAUGGAAGACUUUAUUUGAAAACUACUGUCAUGUAUUAAAUUUUUCCUGCUGAAGAUACCUGUGCUACGGUAAAGAACUUUGCAGUAAGACAUUGGCUCAUAAGGAGUUCCGUGGAAACAAAGCGUUUUGAAGCCAACUUCCUCAACUUCAUUUAUCAAUGUUCUUCAAAAAUGUAAAGAAUUCUGCAAGAGUGUCCUCCUUUGGUUAUCUCCUGUGGCUCAACCUGGAGACCUAGAGAAUGUUUGUAAAUGUACAGUAGCACUCUUCUUACAGUGAAAAUCUGCGUCUCUGCGCCGGACUAUUGUAUCCAAAAUUACAGGCGGGUCAGAACAAGGCUGAGUAUUCCCUUUUUCAAGGAAUGCAGACUCUGUCCUCCUCUGAUGAUUCUAUAUUUGAGCACAUCAAAUGAUCCUUCCAGCGGUGUCCAAGUACACUUACAGACUGUUAAUAUCAUACUGAAACCAGCAAGACAGCUCAGAAGUGAACUUGUAGAGGGCAUAAAAGGAUUCUUAUUAAAAAAAAAAAAAAAAGGAAAAAAAAAAUGGUAAAAGAAAAAAAAUAAUUGAUACAUUCAGUUUUCAAACUAUGAUCGUGGGUUUUCUUCUAAAGACAUUUUUUCCACAUGCUUUCCAAGAGACCAACACAUGUAUGUUAGACUACAUUAAGUGAGAUGGAAUUUUGUGUAAGUGAAAAGAAAUGCUGAAUGUAAACAAACUGUUUUACUGUUCACAAAGUCGCUUUUCCUAAAAUAAAAAAAUACAAUAAAAAGAGUAAUAAUUUCUCAUUGUAAACUGGCAGGGGUUUAUGAAAUAAAAGACUUUGCUUCUUAUCAAACUGUUGGUCACUUGUACAGUAUAUAACACAAAUCACACAAGGAAGGUAUUAUGUAUGCAGUAGAAAUCUAGAGUUUAGGAAAUGAAAAUUUUAGAUAAUAUUGUUUUGUCACCCUGUUGGUCAGAAAGACACCUUUCUAGUUUUAACGCAUGCAGGCAUGUAAAUAUUUGUCCUGGAGUCACAGUAUUACUGAAUGAGAUCUUAAGCAUCUGGUAACAAGUCAGAAUUCUGUAUCAGCCACUUUUAUUUGUAUAUUGAGCCCUGGUUAGUGCCCUGAUUAGUGCACUUUUAAGAAUGGACUGUGGCUGAGCAGCAAGUCAAAAUGCCAGAAAUAUUUUUAUAUGUUAAUGUCAUAUUACGUCAAUGUUGCUAAAAAAAGAAAACCUAACAAACACUUGAUGUAUCAGUCCAAUUCCACGUAGAACUGAGUGAUACAGUUGAAGUCUAUUGUCCCUCCCACCUUGUCUUAGGGAUGGGUGGUUAUGUGUUACUUUCACUGUCUUUAUGAAAGCUACAAUAUGUGUUUUCACCUUUGUGCUGAUAACUGGAAGUAAGCUGCAACACAGUGCUUAUUACAUUACUAAAAAUUAUGUUCUUUGCUUUGCGUACUUUUGGGUUACCCCUUUAAAGACUGAUUUUGUGAAUCAGUGCUAUUACUGUAAGUUUUGUGAUUAUGCUUUCUUCAUCUAAUGUUUUAUGCAUAUAAAAUAUUAUUUAUUACAUGGAAACAUAUCAAAACCUUAAAUGUCUAAGAUGCCUAACUUAAAGCAAAUAUUUCUUUAAAAAUAGUUCUGAUUGGAUAUUAAUAUUAUUUUGUCAAAAAAAAAAUCUAAUGUUUUGUAAACUCUAGCACUGAGCUUCUAUAGUUUGUAGGUCUUCCUUGCAAUACUGGUACACAUUUAUUUUGUGCGGUUCAUAUUUACUCCACCACAAUCCUUUUUUAACAAUAGAAAGUUGUAUAUACAAGUUCACAUCACGGUAUUUUUUUUUAAAGAAAUAUUGAGCAAUAUUUUUCAUUAAAUAUUGUUACCUAAUACUUUGUAGUGGUAUUAUUUCUAACCAUGAUUCUUUCAUAAUUUUCGUAGUUGCUUGAACACGUAUGGGAUUCUGUACUCCAGUUUUUUCAUAUGCAGUCUUUAAAGGGUUAACAGCUGUAAAGUUAGAUGGACUUGUGGCAAGCUUUUGAAUCAUUCAUAUCUGAAAGAGAAUUAAAAGCCUACAACUGAAAUAUGUAGUAGCAUCUACCAUUGCUCUGCUCCUUGCAUAGAGUCACCUGUAAGUAGGUUUAGUAGUUUUACAGUAUAUACUUUCAAGACCUUUGGGAAUGCCUCAGUGUUUGGCUUGGUACAUAAAUGGAAAUGUUAAGGAUUAAGGGGGAACCAAUUUAUAAGCUGGAUGUUUAGAAAGAAUCUUGCUAAAACCAGUGUAAAUAUUACAGACCAUAAGAUGUUACCGUAAGUUGAAUUUUUUGCCCCUCUUUAGUUAUACAGGUUUUGGGUUGGUAUUUUGUUUUUGAUUUGGAUUUUUUUUUUGCAUAGAUUAUGAAGAAAAGUUGUGCUCAUGUUAUUGUUUAUAUGCUUUUGUAAUCUUAAAGAUAUUAAUGUCUAGUUGUUCUAUAUUAUAACCACAUUUGCGCUCUAUGCAAGCCCUUGGAACAGAACAUACUCAUCUUCAUGUAGGACCUAUGAAAAUUGUCUAUUUUUAUCUAUAUAUUUAAAGUUUUCUAAAAAUGAAAAAAGGUUAUUACGAAUUUUGUUGUACAAAAUCUGUACAAAAAUCUGUUUUUACAUCAUAAUGCAAGAAUUGGAAAUUUUUCUAUGGUAGCCUAGUUAUUUGAGCCUGGUUUCAAUGUGAGAACCACGUUUACUGUUAUUGUAUUUAAUUUUCUUUUCUUUUCAACAAUCUGCUAAUAAAACUGUCUGAAAUCUCCCUGCGACUUUAUUUACAGUUCAUCUUUAUUAAAUUUUUCUGAAAUGUAUAACAUCAGAGGAAUAUUUACUUUCUAAUGGGAGGCAUCUAAAAACAACAUAAGUCAGCUCUUUGUAAUGUGAGGAGAACAAUGCUGAAUGAUUUUAUUUAACAUGCAACUGCUUCUAUCUCUAAUAUGAAUUACUGUGGUGAAAAACAUCAUAAAAGCACACUCUGUGGUUAUUGUUUAACAAGCAGAUUUUCCAUAUUUUUUUUUCUUGCCAGCUAAGCAAACUGCCCCCAUCUACAUGAUUUAUUUAUGUACAUUUCUCAGUUUAUGAAGCUGUUAUUUGUACCUUUUUCCUUUAUAUUGUGAUAUUCCCAUGAUUCUUAUUUCACAAUGCUUUGUGCUGAAUAAUGUAAAGUGGACACAUUGAUGGAACAAAAUGUAUUAUUCCCCUAACUACAAAAAUGCAGGCAUAAUCCAGUUGGUUUUGUCUCAAAUCUCCUUCACUUGAUAAAACAUGUUUGGAAACUUUGUUAUCCUAACAUAUUUUUUAACAAACAGCAAGUAUUUAAACGGGCAUUUGGAGAAAGGAAUAGGUCUGGCUUACCAUAUCUUUAAGUGGUAUUUUGAGGGGAAAAAAAAAAAAGCCUUUUUUUUUUUUCUUAAGGUAAAGGUGUUUAUUUAAGAACCAAUCAAGAAGUAAGAUAUUUUUGCUUACAGAAAAUUCAAAAGUCAGAGAUGUACGAUGGAUUUUGAGUAUUCUCCCUUAUUCCCCUGCCUUGCCUGGCCUUGCCACCUCUUCCCUUCCUUUCCAAACCAUACCCUCAUGAAUGCUUCUGCUUUCAUUAGGGAGCAAGCUUGUUUGGGAAAGCAGAAGACAUUAGCUUUCUUGGAACAGCCCUUUUCAUUAUCCUGGCAUGGCCUGGGGACUGCAAGUGUGAAGCUGACAGGCUUCCUGGGUUCCAGCAGGUUGUUGUUGCUGGCUAGUUGAUUAGGAUUUUGGCUACCUGGAUAUAGGGCAAUCACAAUCUCCCUCCAUCUGCAUUAAAAUGCACUGCAUAUCUCCGUUAGUAAGCAUCCCAGCUAUGCCAUAGCCAGCGCCCCUGCUUUAAGCUCUGGCACAGUUAAAGCAGGGAAGACGUAAUCAAGGCCAGGCUGGAUGGGGCUUUGAGCAACCUGGUCUAGUAGGAGGUGCCCCUGCCCAUGGCAGGGGGAUUGGAACUAGAUGAUCUUUAAGGUCCCUUCCAACCCAAACCAUUCUGUAAUUCUGAUUCUAUGAAUCUCUCAGAGCAGCUUGCUCCCAAAACUGACAGUAACAGACUAGCAAUCUACCCGGGUGUUUUUCAACAACCCAGGAAAUAGUUUUUUUCAGCAGGAAGGAGCCUGCCAUCACAUGAGUUCUACCCUAUCUCCAUUAAUACGUCAUUGCUUUGUCUGUUCACAGUAGCUGGGAUUUAACAGGGCUGAGGUUGGACGGGCCAAUAGCGAGUCAGAUGCUGGUACUCCUUGUUACAGUAAAAAUAAGUUCUUCAAAGCUCAGGUCAGAAUCAAGAAGAGGUCGCCCUAAACAUAUCUUGCCUAUAAUAGUAGUAGGUUAUGGUCAGAUCUGAAGAACCGCAGAGUCAGAAGCUAGACACCUAAAGUUUUAGGAAAAUCCUUGAGGAACUGACAGAAUGAACUGAGAAAUAUUUUUUUUUUCUAUGGAAAGAGAUUUAUGGUUGGAUUUUCACCUGAAAGAUAAACCUCUUAUUUGUUGAAGGUGCUAUAAAUUCUUGAAAAUUGCUUAAUUUGUUAUUUGCUUACAUGUUAUUUGACACAAGACUGUGCAAUAAACAAAGCCUGAGGCCAAGAUUUUCAAGCGUGA